UUAUAGGCUUUGUAAUAUAACAAACAACUCCCGAAAUGUCUCGGCUUAUUGUUAAAAAUUUGCCAAAGAAAAUAUCAUCUGAGAAGUUGACAGCUGUGUUUGCUGAACAUGGUACAAUUACAGAUGUAAAGCUUUCCUUUACCAAAGAUGGAAAGUUUCGCAGGUUUGCAUUCAUCGGUUACAAAGAUGCAAAGGACGCAAUGAAAGCUAAAGAAUAUCUUCAUAAUUCUAUGAUAUCAAAUCAAAAAGUUAUGGUUGAAGAUUGCAAAGAUUUUCAACAAAAUAAUUUAUCACCAAAACAAACAGAUAAAAAUGUGAAAAUAAAUGAAUUAGACGAUUCUGGAAUUGAUCAAGAAGAUGAAAAAUCUACGAGAUUUGUUUCUGAUUCAGAUUUUUUAAAAUUUAAAAAGCAAGCAAGAGACGUAUCUAAUGAAUUUGAGGAUGAAACAAAAACUGGAAACAUACAAUCAAAAUUUUCACUAAGACUUCGAGGUGGUCCAGCGAAGUUAACAGAUAAACAAGUUCACGAAUUCUUUCACCCUCUGAAACCGAACUCUGUAACAAUCUUGAAAGGCAAUGCCAAGCGAUGUGCCUUUGUUACAUUUUUAACACAAAAUGAUUUGGACAAAGCAUUAAAGUUCAAUGGUGACUGUAUCAACGGAAAAUCAAUCAAAUUACAGUCAAUUAAAAGAACUGAAAUUGAUUCUCAAGAAUCAAUAGGAGAUUGGAAGAAAAAGCUGGAAGACAGCAGGAGUAAAAUUGACAUUGAUGAAAUUGCAGAAUCUGGACGAUUAUUUGUUCGUAAUCUUGCGUUUAUUUGUACAGAAGAAGAUCUAGAAACUCAUUUCAGUACUUUUGGCCCAUUGUCAGAAAUUCAUAUUCCCAUUGACUCAAUGACAAGAAAAAAUAUUGGCUUAGGUUAUGUCACGUUUAUGUUCCCUGAACAUGCAAUAAAAGCUUUCAAUGACCUUGAUGGCACAGCAUUUCAAGGUCGAAUGUUGCAUAUCCUCCCCAGUAAAACCAAACCUGAGAAAGAGUCUGAUUUUCAAAAGAAUGGUGCAGGAGGCUCAUCAUAUAAGAAAGAAAAGGCUGUCAAAGAUAAGUCUAAGAGUCAACAAGCAUAUAAUUGGAACACUCUUUUUAUUGGUACUGAUGCAGUGGCAGGCGCUAUUGCAGAGAAAUACAAUAUCUCGAAAAGUGAAUUUCUCAAUGCUGAAGAAAAGGGGAGUACAGCUGUUAGAGUGGCCCUUGGUGAGACUCAAAUUGUGCAAGAAACUCGGCAGUUUUUACUCGAUAGCGGUAUUUUGUUGGACUCUUUUAGCCAACCAAAUUCUGAAAGAAGCAAAACUGUUAUUCUUGCAAAAAACCUGCCUUCAGGAGUAACAGCUUCAGAGUUGCGAAAUUUAUUCGAGCCUCAUGGUGAUUUGGGAAGAGUCUUGCUUGCGCCGAGUGGUGUAACUGCUGUCAUGGAAUUUUUGGAACCAUCACAUGCUCGACAGGCAUUCAUGACGCAAGCAUACAGAAAAUUUCAUUUCCAGCCUUUAUAUCUGGAAUGGGCACCUACUAACAUUUUUUCAAAAUCAUAUGAUGACUUUACAAAAGACGAGGAAUUGACAGACAAAACGGAUGUUGAUGAAACGAUAAACCCAGAGUCUGAAGAAAAUCAAAUGGGUGAAGAAAAUUUAGAAGAAGGCACUACCAUCUUUGUUAAAAACUUAAACUUUGAUACAGCCGAAGAGAACCUAAGGAAUCAUUUUUGCAAAUGUGGUCAAAUAUAUAACUGUACGAUAAGUAAAAAGAAAACUCACAAAAAAGAAGAAUUACUUUCGAUGGGAUAUGGUUUUGUGCAGUAUUAUAAAAAAUCUGAUGCCGAAAAAGCCAUAAAAACAUUACAACAUAGUAUGUUAGAUGGACAUAAAUUGGAACUCAAACUUUCUAAACGGACAACAAAAGAAACUGUACUUGAUUCGAGGAAAAAACAAAUUGAAAAGAAACAAACUACUGCCAAAAUACUUGUCCGUAACGUGCCAUUUCAAGCAGACAAAAAGGAAAUUGUAAGCUUGUUUAAGACAUUUGGUGAACUAAAAUCUGUUCGAUUGCCCAAAAAGUUGUCUGUUAGUGGUCAAGCUGGUACGCAUCGUGGGUUUGCGUUUGUCGACUUUAUUACUAAACAAGAUGCUAAAAAGGCAUUCCAAGCUUUGUGUCAUAGCACUCAUUUAUAUGGCCGUAGAUUAGUUUUGGAAUGGGCCGAUAGUGAAGAGGAAUCAGUAGAAGGCUUAAGAAGGAAAACUGCUGAGCGAUAUCACGGCAACAGUAAGAAAUUUAAGGGUAGGGGUGAAUUUGAACAAUCAUUGGCAAAUAAAAGAGAUGAUUCUUAGUUAAAUAUUUGAAUUUCUUGCAAUAAAUUUGCUCCUAUGACAUC